UCGUAUUUCAGAAGAAGAGUAUACGAAAAUGGAAGAUUGUAUAAAGAUAAAGUUUUCUGAUCCAAAUUGCAGGAAAGAGAUGACUGUGCUGUCCCUUUUUUAUUGGCCUAAUGUUAUUGGAGAAGAAAAUGAUGCUAAGAGGUUCUGUGGGUUCAAUGUACAUGCCUUUAAUCGUGGAUUAAUAUUUUUGGCUGGACAAAUUGCAUCUCAGUGGAUUAAUAAUGAUAUCGUUCAAGAGGCCUUGCAUGUUCGGAAGGGAUGCUGUGAAAAAUGGGUUAAAUGCAGGACGCUUUUGCCAUAUGAAUUAACUGUGAAAGACAGUAGACCAUAUCAUGCAAAUCUUAGCACAAAAGGAUACAGAUCUCUUAUAUACAGUGGAAGUGCUGAUGUGUAUAUUUCUUCACUUUAUACUGAAUUCUGGACAAAAUCUUUGAAUUAUUCUAUCAUUGAUGAUUGGCGACCUUGGUUUGUGAACAAUCGAGUUGUUGGUUAUACAAGGACUUUCUCCAACAACAUGACAUAUGCCAAAAUCCUGGGAUCAGACCACAUUGCUCAAACAAUAACACCCGCUGAAUGCUUCAAAAUGUUUAAGAGAUGGAUAUCUUAUGAGCCACUUUAAUAUUGUAUGACAAUGGUAAAAUCUAUGUUAAAAGUACGUUUCAUUCAAUAACACAUUGAUGUACUUAAGUUUUAUUUUGAUGGUUUAUGAUGAACUUCAUGUCAAAAA